UUCUUUUCUUUUGGUUACUCACAUUAAACACUGAUAUCUUAGAUACUGAGAUCUAUACUUAAGAAAUUCACUUACCUCAUAUAUGUGUUUUCUUCACACUCUUAUACCAGGUGAUGAUGCUUCAUGUUUGAUGCUUGGUGUGCUUGAUGCUUGAUGCUUGAUGCUAAGUUACCAACAAGUUGUGGCAGUUUCAGAAGUGAUUAAAGUGAAUAGCCAUAGCUUUGAAGGCAAAUCCUUCUCGGGAUCCAUUCAACUUUCUCAGCUUUUUUCCUCUUUCUCUCUCUCUCUCUCUCUCUCUCUCUCUCUCUCUCUCUCUCUUUCAUUUGGUGGUUUUCUCAAGAAUUUCUGAAAAUUUUGAAGAAGAGAGAAAGCUAUAUAAGUAAGCAGGAUCCAUCAGCUGAAGAAAAUCAGAUCCAUUAUAGUAUUAUCCUUUUCAUCUGCAAGAUCUCAGAAAUUCUUUUGGUUUUGGUGGUGGAAAAAAACAUGUCUAAUUUGACUUCUGCAUCGAGUGAAAUAAGUGCUUCUUCAGGAAUCAGAAAUGACAAUGGUUUUUUCCAUGCUCACCAAUACUCUUCCACUUCAAUAAAUCAAGAACCACAACCAAAAAAGAAGAGAAGUCUUCCAGGCCACCCAGACCCUGAUGCAGAAGUGAUAGCAUUGACUCCAGAGACCCUAUUGGCAACAAACAGGUUUGUGUGUGAGAUAUGUCAGAAAGGGUUUCAAAGGGAUCAGAAUCUGCAGCUUCACAGAAGAGGGCACAAUCUGCCAUGGAAGCUGAAGAAGAAGAACAGCAAAGAGGUGAGAAAGAAAGUGUAUGUUUGUCCAGAGGCAUCAUGUGUUCACCAUGACCCUUCAAGGGCCCUUGGGGACCUCACUGGAAUCAAGAAGCACUUUUUCAGGAAGCAUGGAGAGAAGAAAUGGAAGUGUGAGAAGUGUUCCAAACGCUAUGCAGUUCAAUCUGAUUGGAAAGCUCACUCCAAAAUCUGUGGCACCAGAGAAUACAAGUGUGACUGUGGUACCCUUUUCUCUAGAAGGGACAGCUUUAUCACUCACAGAGCCUUCUGUGAUGCCUUAGCACAGGAAAGUGGAAGAGCAGUGAACCCUCACUCUCUAUUAUCAUCUCAGUCCCAAUUUCGAAGCCAUGGCCUUCAACUCGAAGCACCACCAUCAUCAUCAUCACUGGUAAUGAAAAGAGAACAAGAUUUGAACCUAUUAGGUCAAGAAAUUCCUUCAUGGUUAUCUUCUCCAACAGUGUUGGAACAAUCACUGAGAACCACCUUAGACUUCUCAACACCACACCACUCCUUGUUCCACCAUGAUCAAAACCCUAACCCUAUUACUACUACUACUACUUCUUCUUCUUCUACAACAACACCCUCUUUUCUUCCUUCUUUCAGUUCCUUCCAUUAUUCCACGACUUCUCCUCACAUGUCAGCCACUGCUUUGUUGCAAAAAGCCUCACAAAUAGGCGUAACAGUGAGUGCAGCAGCAGCUUCACAAGCGAUGAUAGUGAGACCCCACUUGUUUCUGCAGCAGGUUCACGUGCCUCAAUGUACAACAACAACAACUACUACUACUACUACAACAGGGUAUAAUAAUAUGGCUUCAUCUUCACCCGUUUCUGGAAUGCUCAUGGCUAUCCCUUCACGUGAACAAAUAGGGACUCAUGGCUUCGCAUCUUGAGGGAAUAAAGCUGCAAUGCUCUCUGAUUACUUGGAAGAAGGUGCUGCUGCCAAGUUGCAGAACCUAGCUAGUGCUCAAUAAUAAUGCUCAUAUAUAUUUAUAUUUAUAAGCAUCUUCUCUCUUUUCCAUGAUAUGAUUGAUGGCUACGAGAUAGUAUAAUUGUACUACUGUGUCCUCUCUGCUAUUAGGGGCAUGUCUAUUGCACCAACAGAUAAUGUGUGUUAACUUUCAGGAACUUCUUUCAAAACCAACAGAAUAUCCCACUUUGCUUAUAAAAACAAAAAGGGUACUGCACUACUUUCCAACCA